GCGGAAACCGCGCUGACCGGCCGAACCGCACUCUUAUAAUUCUCCUUUCUGUUCAGACAAAUACUCUUCUGCCCUAAUUUCCGUCACAUUUAUCCUCGUCCCAUGUCCUGAUUUCUUCUUCCGCUGGUUUCCCCAAAGAAACUGAGUGAGGAUGUCGACUCCGGCGAGGAAGAGGCUGAUGAGGGACUUCAAGAGGUUGCAGCAGGACCCUCCUGCAGGGAUUAGUGGUGCUCCUCAGGACAACAACAUUAUGCUCUGGAAUGCCGUGAUUUUCGGCCCUGAUGACACGCCAUGGGAUGGAGGCACUUUUAAGCUGACCCUUCAAUUUUCUGAGGAUUAUCCAAAUAAGCCACCAACUGUCCGCUUCGUUUCUCGGAUGUUCCACCCUAAUAUCUAUGCAGAUGGAAGUAUAUGUCUCGACAUCCUUCAGAACCAGUGGAGUCCCAUAUACGACGUCGCAGCUAUUCUUACAUCUAUUCAGUCCCUGCUCUGUGAUCCGAACCCUAACUCGCCAGCAAACUCCGAGGCAGCACGCUUGUUCAGCGAGAACAAACGGGAAUACAACAGGCGUGUCCGGGAGGUCGUGGAGCAGAGCUGGACCGCCGAUUAGAAAUGAAACAGGGUUAUCCAGUGGCAAUAGUGUAAUAUAUAGUUUGAACAAGUGGAGCAAUAGCAGAAUAUGUUUUGCUCUAAUGGCUCCCAAACCCUAUCGGUGUACGGAAAGGACUGAAUCCCUUAACGCUUUGGAUGUUGUAUUGUUCUCAAUUUCUGUAAGUUCAAUCGUCUUGUUGCACAAAGACUCGUUUUUUUUCAAGGUUAUGCAUUAUGGUUAUCGAAAGCUAAA